AUGACUUCCAAACAUGAACCUCAACUGCCACUGAGCUACUCUGAAUAUUUGCAGUUGAACAAACUGCUAAAAUGUCAGCAUCCAAUCAGUGCCGAAGCAGGAAAGGCCGUACACGAUGAACAUUUGUUUAUAAUAACGCAUCAAGCUUACGAACUUUGGUUCAAGCAAAUUCUUUAUGAAAUUGAUUCUGUGCGAUCGCUUUUUUCCUCUUCGUGUGUCGACGGAGGCAAGACACUGCAAAUUAUCUGUCGCCUUAACCGGAUAGUUUUAAUUUUAAAGACUAUGGAUGUAUCAACGCAUGUAACGUGUGUAUCAACGCCAAGUGUAUUUCUUCUUGUGGACCAGUUUAUGAUCCUGGAAACCAUGACACCAUUGGAUUUUAUUGAUUUCAGGGGUUAUCUUUCAUCAGCGUCGGGCUUUCAAAGUUUGCAGUUUCGAUUAAUAGAAAAUAAGCUUGGCGUCAAAGAGAGCAAUCGAGUCAAGUACAACCAACAACAUUACCUGAAGGUCUUCAAUGAUGAAGAAUCUGUGCAAAAAUUGCAAGAUUCAUUAAACAGUCCUUCGCUCUUCAAGUUGGUCGAGAGCUGGUUGGAACGCACCCCAGGCUUAGAGAAGAAUGGAUUUAACUUUUGGAAGAAAUAUGAAGAAGCCGUUGAUUGUUGGUUGGAAGAGUCUAUCCGGAAACCUGCUCAGAAAGAAAACGACCCAAAGAAAAGAGAAAUAUUAAUGAUGGAAUAUACAAAGCAGAAGGAAUCUUUUGACUCCAUAUUUUCUGAGGAACUGCACUCUAAAUACGUUGAGAGAGGUGAGCGUAAUCUGAGUCACGAAGCCUUGCAAGGUGCGUUGAUUAUUUCCCUUUACAGAGAUGAGCCAAGGUUCAGCCAACCAUUCCAGAUCAUAAGUUACUUGAUGGACAUUGACUCUUUGCUGACGAAAUGGCGAUAUAAUCACGUGACCACUGUACAGCGAAUGAUUGGGAGCAAGAUUGGUACUGGCGGUUCGUCAGGCUAUCAAUACCUUCGUUCUACAGUCAGUGAUCGUUACAAAGUAUUUCUCGAUUUGUUCAACUUGUCUACAUUUUUACUACCUCGCGAAUGCAUUCCACCCCUUGAUAAUCAGAUGAAGAGGCGUCUCAAUCUGCUCUACCCAGAAGAUAAUGCCGUACCUCUGGAGGAGAAAAUGAAGAGGGUUAUAGAAAAUGACGAAGAUUAA